AUGCUAACUCUACAAAUUUCAAGUAAUGGUUCAACCAGCGAAAAGCAGAACGCGAAUGUCAAGUCACAAGAUGAACUCCUACCGUCUUCAGACGUGACUUCUGAAGAAAUAUCAUCAUAUGAUACCGCCCCUGCGAAUGAUUCCGCAAAAGACGAACAAAAAGAAUUGGUUGCUUCACUGAAUAAUGUGAAAAUACAAGAUGAAGACUUUGUGGGUCACACUGGUGACCAACAAAGUGGUAGUCUAACCGAAACGUCCGCGAAUGCGAGUAAAGAAGGUGAAACAAAUGAAACAAAAAACAAUAUCGAGGAAUUUGUUAAACAAGACUCUAAAGAUAAUGAAAAUUCGGAUACGUAUCCAAAAGAGGCACAAGCAGAAACACAUGCCCCCGAAAAUGAGGCCACAAGUAAACAUACUACCGUCGCUGACGAAAAGAUCGACACACUUACUGAAGACCAACAAACAACUGCUGUCGAAUCCGCAGAUAAGGUUGAAACGUUGGACUUUUAUGAUGCGGGCCCUAAAGAAGAGGAUGAAGUUAAGCUUUAUGAUCCAUCAAGGCCGAUAACUCAUCGAAUCGAGUUAGCAAUACAAAAAUUUAGGAAGAAUCGGAAAUUCAAUCCAAUUCGUAAUCAGAUAUUUAGUUCCUACCUCCGUUUUGGCGGAAUUGACACGGGUCAAAAAUCGUUUCUUGGUAAUGAUGGAGAGGAUGAUCCUGAGGCGGAUGCCGAUGAAAUAUUGACACGUCGUUCAACCGACUUUAUUGAAGAUGAAGAAUUGGAAGUAGAUUUUACGUAUAUCAUCAAAGUUUAUCUUUCUAGUUAUUUGAUCGAUAAAUCCGGAUAUGUACAAAUGGAACAAUUUCGUGAAGCGCCUCUAGUUAUUAAUUCAUUUCUGAACUAUCUGAUAACGCAUGAUGUAUGUCCGGAAUAUAUAAAGGAUAUGGAACAAGCUUUGAAAAUUGUUGAACUUGCAAAGAAGGAGCUUCCAAAGUGUAAAUUAUUAGCACAGCUCGCGCCUGGAAAAUUCAAUAAGGCAUGCUCUUUAAUAUAUGGUGGUGAAUUGCAUGGCAUGUUCGAAGAUCCUUGGGGCGGUGAAGAGAAUGUUGCGAAUUUGAUUGGAAUUUCUCUUUCGGAAGGAGAACGAAUUGUCGAGAAAGUCUUUGGGAAAGGUGCAUUGAAAUUACACUGGACGGGAAAUACACGAAAAGCUUUGGAGGUUAAGGUUAUUGAGGUUGAACCAAUUCAAGAAAGUAGCGCGAAAGCCGCUGAUGAAGUUGUUACAACCGAAUCAGUAAACAAGGUUAUUGAGGUUGAACCAAUUCAGGAAAGUACCGCGAAAGUCACUGAUGUAGUUGUUACAACUGAAUCAGUAAACACGGUUAUUGAAGUUGAACCAAUUCAAGAAAGUACCGCGAAAGCCGUUGAUGAGGUUGUUACAACCGAGUCAGUAAACAUGGUUAUUGAGGUUGAACCAAUUCAAGAAAGUACCGCGAAAGCCGCUGAUGAAAUUGUUACAACCGAAUUAGUAAACAAGGUUAUUGAGGUUGAACCAACUCAGAAAAGUACCGCGAAAGCCGCUGAUGAAAUUGUUACAACUGAAUCAAUAAACACGGUUGUUGAGGUUGAACCAAUUCAAGAAAGUACUGCGAAAGCCGCUGAUGAAGUUGUUACAACUGAAUCAAUAAACACGGUUAUUGAGGUUGAGCCAAUUCAAGAAAGUACCGCGAAAGCCGCUGAUGAAGUUGUUACAACCGAGUCAGUAAACAAGGUUAUUGAGGUUGAACCAGUUCAAGAAAGUACUGCGAAAGCCGCUGAUGAAGUGGUUACAGCAGAAUCAGUAAACACCAAGGAUGCAAGCAUUUUCAAGAGUGAAAAAACGCAAUUUGAUGGGGACGAUGUGACGCAUUUACGUAAAAUGAUUGUGCAACCGUACGGAAACCCUGAGGAACCACCAUUUAUCAUUCAUCUUAGCCCAGAUGUGGCGCACUGUCCUAUGCCCGGAAUGCUGAUCACCGCUGAUUUUCACCUUUUAUCCAAUGGUAGGUGGUACUGGGAUCGUGUCACAAAUGUAUAUCCUUCUUAUUAUCUAGCGGAAGAGGACUCUGAUGAUGAAUAA